AUGGGAUUCGGGUGGACUCAGUCCACCGCAGCCAAUCUCACAGAUUGCCGCUGCUUUCCGGGCGACUCGUGCUGGCCAGCCGCUGUGGUAUGGGGUAGCUUCAAUAACACUGUUGGAGGGAAGCUCGUUGCAACAGUGCCUCUCGCCACUCCGUGCCACGGCGCUGCCUUCAACGAGGCUGAAUGCGAUGCCCUCCGAGCCACGUGGUUGCUCCCUUCCACCCACAUGGAGACGUCUUCUUCAAUCAUGGCACCGUGGUUCGCAAACGAAAGCUGCGAAGCUUUUCUUCCUCCAACGUCUCAGUGUGUCACCGGUGCCUAUGUACAGUACUCCGUAGACGCUCGGGAAGCCUCGGACUACCAGGCCACGAUUAGAUUCGCGAAGGACCACAACAUUCGCCUAGUCAUCAGGAACACGGGACAUGACUGGCUCGGAAAGUCUACCGGCGCUGGUGCAAUUGCACUCUGGACGCAUCAUAUGAAGGACAUCCAAAUUCUGGAUUAUGAGUCGGACCACUACACCGGGAAAGCCCUGAAGGCUGGGGCAGGAGUCAAGCUCAUUGAUGCUUACAAAGCAGCCCAUAAUGCUGGUCUAGUGAUAGUCGGCGGCACGGGCCCAACUGUUGGACUUGCGGGCGGAUACACUCAGGGCGGCGGCCAUGGGUUGUUGGCGACCAAGUUCGGCCUUGCAGCAGACCAAGCUCUGGAAUGGGAAGUCGUCACGGCCGACGGCGAAAUUCGCAGCGCCUCUCCGACCAAGAACCCAGACCUCUACUGGGCCCUGGCUGGCGGUGGCGGAGGAACAUAUGCUGCCGUGCUAUCACUUACGGUCAAAGCGUAUCCCGAUGGCCUGACAUCUGGUGCAAACCUUACUUUCUCUGCGGCUGGUGUUUCCCCGGAUAUCUUCUUUAGCGGCGUUGAAGCGUACCUCGCCGGACUUCCUGUCCUUAUCGAUGCCGGUACCGCGAGUACAUGGUUGCUGAACAAAGAGACUUUCAUACUCGCUCCAGCUGUGGGAGUCGGUAUGACCAGGGAGAAAAUGGAUCAACUGCAUAAGCCUGUACUUGACAAAUUGCAGGGGCUGGGGAUCAAAUACGCUUAUUAUUCAAACGACUUCCCUUCCUUCUUCGACAUGUUUCAAGCUGUCAACCCCGAAACCGCAAUAGGGACGUUCCAAAUCGGCGGUCGCCUGAUUCCUCGAACUGUGGUUACCGAGAAGACGCACGCCUUUCGAAAGGUGCUCCAGAACAUCACCCAGUACGGGACUUGGAUCUCAGGAUUGGCUUUCAACGUAUCUAAUACUCCAGAUGUGCCGAAUGCUGCUUUCAAGGCAUGGCGGGAGACUUUGGUUAGCAUUGUUGUUGGAACAUUCUAUGACUACCAAUCGAGAGAAAACAACAUCGCCAACCAGAAGCUCAUGACAAACACACUUGUGCCGCAGCUCUCCUCCUUGAUUCCAGGAGGUGGCCACGCGUAUCUGAACGAGGGCGAUAUGUGGGAGCCAAAUUGGCAAGAGGUAUUUUACGGCGAGAACUACGAACGUCUGCUAUCAAUCAAAGACAAGUAUGACCCACAGGGCAUCUUCUACGGAUGGACUGCCGUGGGAAGUGAGCGCUGGAAGCAGAUGGAGGAUCUGAGGCUCUGCAAAGCUUAG